UUCCUUCAAGUUUUUUUUUUUUCUUUUUCUUUUCUAGUGAGAGCUAGAGACGAUGUGGAAGCUCAAAGUUUCGGAAGGAUGGGAGACAAGUGAGAACGAUCACGUAGGAAGACAAUAUUGGAAAUUCGACACAAAUCUCACACCUUCUGAAGAAGAAAAAGCUCAAAUACAAAAGUUUUGUAAUGAGUUUUACCGUAAUCGUUUUCGAGCUAAGCACAGCUCUGAUCUUUUAAUGAGAUUUCAGUUGAGAAAGGAGAAUAAUGGUGAUGAGGUGAAACUACCAAGGCAAAUAAAAAUUACAAGUGAGGAGGAAAUAAAUGAAGAAGCAAUUGAGAAGACAUUGAGAAGAGGAAUUAGAUUUUACUCAACUUUACAAACACAAGAUGGCUUUUGGCCUGGUGACUAUGGUGGCCCUUUGUUUCUUCUUCCUGCCUUGGUGAUUGGAUUAAGUGUAACAAAGGCUCUUGAUGUAGCCAUAUCAUGCCACCAUCGAUAUGAGAUGUGUCGCUACCUAUACAAUCACCAAAAUGAAGAUGGAGGGUGGGGAUUGCAUAUAGAAGGGAACAGCACAAUGCUUUGUACAGCUCUAUCCUACGUGAGCUUGAGAUUAUUGGGAGAGAAAAUGGACGGUCGUGAUGGAGCCUUACUCAAAGCAAGAAGAUGGAUUCUUGAUCGAGGUGGGGCCACCUCAAUCCCCUCUUGGGGAAAAACAUGGCUCUCCGUCCUUGGGGUUUAUGAGUGGGAAGGAAAUAAUCCACUUCCACCCGAGAUGUGGCUCUUCCCUUACUCUCUUCCGUUACAUCCAGGAAGGAUGUGGUGUCAUAGUCGAAUGAUAUAUCUACCAAUGUCAUACUUAUAUGGAAAAAGAUUUGUGGGAUCAAUUAGCUCCAUCAUACUAAGCCUUAGACGAGAGCUUUACACAUGUCCUUAUCAUAAGAUUGAUUGGAACCUUUCUCGAAACCUAUGUGCAAAGGAAGAUUUGUACACUCCACAUUCCAAAAUACAAGAUGUUUUAUGGAAUUCAAUUCACAAGUUUGGUGAACCAUUGUUGAAGAAAUGGCCACUCUCAAAGCUUAGGCAAAAAGCUCUUGACUUUGUGAUUCAACACAUCCACUAUGAGGAUGAAAAUACUCACUACCUUUGCCUUGGACCUGUUAGCAAGGUGCUAAACAUGGUGUGUUGUUGGGUUGAGGAUCCAAACUCAGAAGCAUUUAGAAGACACAUUCCUAGAGUUAAAGAUUAUCUCUGGCUAGCUGAGGAUGGAAUGAAAAUGCAGGGAUAUAAUGGAUCUCAAUUAUGGGACGUAGUUUUCGCAGUUCAAGCAAUACUUGCAACUGAUCUAGUGGACGAAUACGGAUCAGUACUUAAGAAAGCUCACAAUUUCAUAAAAAAUUCACAAAGGAAGAGAAAUGGAAUUAAAGAUGAUAACAAUCCAAGUAUAUGGUAUCGCCUCAUUUCAAAAGGUGGAUGGCCCUUCUCAACUCCAGACAAUGCAUGGCCUGUUUCUGAUUGUACUGCUGAAGCAUUGAAGGUAGCAAUUUUGCUGUCACAAAUGCCAACAACAAUGGUGGGUGAGCCAAUAGAUGUACAUAAUCUAUACGACGCCGUUGAUCUGAUUCUUUCACUUCAGAAUUCCAAUGGAGGAUUUGCUUCUUAUGAACUCACAAGAUCCUAUCCAUGGUUGGAGAUGUUGAAUCCAGCUGAAAUAUUUGCAGAUGUCAUGAUUGAUUAUCAGUAUGUGGAGUGUACUUCAGCAGUAAUUCAAGGGCUUAAAGCAUUCAUGAAAUUACAUCCAGGCUACCGCAAGAAAGACAUUCAAACAUGCAUUUCCAAAGCAGCACAUUUCAUUGAAACCAUUCAGCUAUCUGAUGGAUCUUGGUAUGGAUCAUGGGGGAUUUGCUAUACAUAUGGGACAUGGUUUGGGAUAAAGGGAUUGGUUGCAAGUGGAAGAACCUAUGCUAACAGUGAAUGCAUAAGGAAGGCAACUCAAUUCCUUCUUUCAAAACAGCUCAAAUCUGGUGGUUGGGGAGAGAGCUACCUCUCAGCCCAUCACAAGGUAUAUACUGAUCUUAAAGACGGCAAAUCACAUAUAGUCAAUACUUCUUGGGUGCUGUUGGCUCUCAUUCAAACCGAUCAGGCACAACGAGACCCGUCUCCUCUACAUCGAGCAGCAAUGGUGCUGAUUAAUUCACAAAUGGACGAUGGAGAUUUCCCACAGCAGGAAAUCAUGGGAGUUUUCAACAAGAGUUGUAUGAUCAGUUACUCAGCUUAUAGAAACAUAUUUCCAAUAUGGGCCCUUGGGGAGUAUCGCACUAGGGUUUUACAAUUAUAAUAUGUAUAUUUCAACAUGAUUAUAUGAAAGUCGAUGUGUUUUUAUUAUGUGUAUAAUAUAUAUAAAUAAAAAUUUGUACAUGCAUGUAAUAUACUUUAAUUUACUCUACACAUCACAUGAAACUAUGUGAAUUAAAGUGUUUUUAAGUUUUAAUAACUAAUUUACACUUUAGCUCU